UUCCGCCCAAGCCUUCAUGGCCGCCAUGGCCACCAACGCCUCAGCCCACCGAGGCCGGGGCCUCAGCCUGGGCCAGGCCCUCCCGGGGAGACCCCAGUGAGGCGGGGCCCUGCCCACGGAGUUUGGAAGAACCGAAAGAGUCAGCUGGGAAAUCAGCUGGUGUUCCAUCGAGUACGGUCCUGCGGGUCAGAAGGCCCCGGCUCCUAUUGUGUCCACGUCUGCUGGGUGACCUUGGGAGAGCGGUUUUUACCCCAUAGCCCACAUCUGUCACUAAAGGGUGAACGUCACCACGAUUUGCCAUGCCUGCUGUGGCCUCUGGACCCAAAGAACUCUACCUCUGCUCUUCACUAAAAGAUCUCAACAAGAAGACGGAAGUUAAACCAGAGAAAAUCAGUACCAAAUCUUACGUGCAGAGCGCCCUGAAAAUCUUCAAGGCAGCAGAAGAAAGCAGGUUGGAUCGUGAUGAAGAGAAGGCCUAUGUCCUAUAUAUGAAAUACGUGGCUGUGUAUAAUCUUAUAAAAAUAAGACCUGAUUUCAAGCAGCAGCAGGACUACUUCCAUUCAAUCCUCGGAGCUACGAACAUCAGGAAAGCCAUCGAAGAAGCUGAAAGACUCUCUGAAAGCCUUAAACUCAGAUACGAGGAGGCCGAAGUUCGGAAGAAGCUCGAAGAAAAGGACAGACAGGCCGAACAGCAGCUGCAACAGCAGAAAAAGCAGGAAGCGGGAAGAGAUGGUGGAAAGGUUUCAACAAAGACUACUUCGGAGAAGGUUUUGGACCCAAAAGGCAGAAGUCAGAAGAUCAAUGGGGAAAAGAAGGAAAGAAGUGAAAAAGUUGAGCAAGACUCCGUAUCCCGGGGAGCAGUUACAGCUGAGAAACUGUUCACAAUGAUGACGGAUAAGAGCGUCAGUUUGAUCAUAAUGGAUGCCCGCAGUGUGAAAGAUUUUCAAGCUUCCUCUAUUGUCAGCUCUCUGAGUGUCCCCGAGGAAGCCAUCAAACCAGGAACGACCACGCAUCGGAUCGAAGCGAACCUCCCAGAGACUUCGAAGGAAACCUGGAAAAAUCGGGGCUCGGUGGACUUUGUGGUGCUGCUUGACUGGUUUAGCUCGGCGAAAGAUUUACUUCUCGGAACAACGCUACGCAGCCUGAAAGAUGCACUUUUUAAGUGGGAAAGUCCGACCGUCCUGCGGAACGAGCCCUUAGUUUUGGAAGGAGGCUAUGAAAACUGGCUGCUCUGUUACCCUCAGUUCACCACGAACGCCAAAGUAACACCACCUCCCCGUGGCAAGGGGGAAGAGAUUUCCAUCUCACUGGAUUUCACGUACCCGUCUCUCGAAGAGCCGGCCCCUCCUGCCCCGGCUGCCCCGGUCCAGCCGUCUCCUGUAACGGGAAAUGAAAAUCCGGACGGGCAAAGCAACCGGGAAGAAAGAACGGGACCGCUCGAUACUUCAACUUCAGGAGGACCAGUUGCGGCUCGCGGUUCCCCUGUGAUUCAGGCAACAAGUACUGUGAAGAACGUUCCUCAGAUUGAUCGUUCUAAAAAGCCCACGGCCAAACCGCCCGAUGCUCAUAAAGCCAGGGCCGAGAGCGCCGAGCCCGACCCGAGGGCUCUUCAGAACGGGAAGAUGGUUCCCGACCGUUCCAAAAAGCCCGCAUUUGACCCGGCCGCCGUCCUGACGGAGGAAGAGAAAAGCCGCAUUCACGCCGAGACCGCCUCCCUGAUCGAGAAGAGCAAACGAGAAAAGGAGCGGCGGGAAAGGCAGCAAGAGGAGCAGAGAGAGAAGCUCAGGCGGGAAGAGCAGGAGCGGAAGAUCCCGGAGAACCGGGAAGGGGAAGGGAGAGAACCGCGAGAGAGCGGGCAGGCCAAGGGAGGAGAGGAGGAGGGAACGCCGGAGGGAAGGCCCGCAGAAGGCGCGGGAGCAAAAAGGCAAAACCAGAGCGACCAUGAGAGCCCAGAAGCCGAAAUAUCCGACAGAGGUUCCACGGAAGAUAGAGAAACGGGUCCUCAAACGCCAGAAAUGCCGAAAAAGCCCGUAGGAGGUCCGGCCCAACCUUCUGGGAUGGAAGAGCCAAGCUCCAGCAAGCAUGUUAGAGUUAAAGAGCAGCCAGAAAGUGACGCGCCCCAAGCCGGAACCUCUAAAGAUACGCCCGAAGAUCCCGAAAGAUACAAAUCUCAACGAGAGCCCCUGACAAGAGCCCGAAGUGAAGAAAUGGGAAGGGUAGUACCUGGGUUGCCUGCAGGCUGGGCCAAGUUCCUGGAUCCCACCACCGGCACCUUUCGCUAUUACCACUCACCGACCAACUCGGUUCACAUUUACCCGCCCGAGAUGGCCCCUCCGUCCACGCCGCCGUCCCCCAAAGCCAAGCCCAAGGUAUCCACGGAGCGCGACCGAGAGCCGUCCAAGCUGAAGCGCUCGUACUCGUCCCCGGAUAUAACCCAGGCCAUUCAGGAGGAGGAGAAGAGGAAGCCAGUCGCAACGCCCGCCGUCAAUCGGGAGACCAAGCCCCCGUGCCACCCGAAGGCGGAAAUCUCCCGGCUGUCCGCCUCUCAGAUCCGGAACCUGAACCCGGUGUUUGGCGGGGCGGGCCCAGCGCUCACCGGCCUUCGCAACUUGGGGAACACCUGCUACAUGAACUCCAUCCUGCAGUGCCUGUGCAAUGCCCCGCACCUGGCCGAUUAUUUCAACAGGAACUUCUACCAGGAAGACAUCAACAGGUCAAACCUGCUGGGGCAUAAAGGCGAGGUGGCCGAGGAGUUUGGCAUCAUCAUGAAAGCCCUGUGGACCGGCCAGUAUAGGUACAUCAGCCCAAAGGACUUUAAGAUCACCAUUGGGAAGAUCAACGACCAGUUUUCGGGCUACAGCCAGCAAGACUCCCAAGAGCUGCUCCUGUUCCUCAUGGAUGGACUUCACGAAGACCUAAAUAAAGCUGACAACCGGAAGAGGCACAAGGAAGAGACCAACGACCAGCUGGACGACUGCAGGGCGGCGGAGCUGGCCUGGCACAAGCACAAGCAGCUGAACGAGUCCAUCAUCGUGGCACUCUUCCAAGGCCAGUUCAAGUCGACGGUCCAGUGCCUCACGUGUCACAAGCGGUCGCGGACGUUCGAGGCCUUCAUGUACUUGUCUCUGCCGCUCGCGUCCACCAGCAAGUGCUCACUGCAGGAUUGCCUCCGGUUAUUUUCCAAAGAGGAGAAACUCACCGAUAACAACCGAUUUUACUGCAGUCACUGCAAGACUCGGAGAGACUCCCUGAAAAAAAUCGAAAUCUGGAAGCUGCCCCCAGUGUUGUUAGUCCACCUGAAACGUUUCUCGUACGAGGGGCGGUGGAAACAAAAGCUACAGACGUCGGUCGAUUUCCCGUUGGAGAGCCUGGACCUGUCCCCCUACGUCAUCGGCUCCAAGAGCGGUUUGAAGAGAUACAACCUGUUUUCUGUCUCCAACCACUACGGAGGCCUGGACGGCGGCCACUACACCGCCUACUGCAAGAACGCCGCCCGCCAGCGCUGGUUCAAGUUCGACGACCACGAGGUGUCCGACAUCUCCGUCUCCUCGGUGAAGUCGGCGGCCGCCUACAUCCUCUUCUACACCUCCCUGGAGCUGCGAGCGGCCGAUGUAGCCACGUAAGGGGGGCUUUUCCUCCAUCUUCCCAGCCGCACGCGACGCAGAAUGGCUUCUCGCCGUCACCUGGGAGCCCCGUUAACGCAGGUCAGUGCUAAGGACUUUAUCGGAAAGCCGGCUGCUGACAUCUAUUCAGUACUAAUAAUAGUAAUAAAAAAAAAGAAAAUCUCUUUCAGAUAUCGGAACAACUUAUUUUUAGGCUGACUCCCAAAUUAUAACCUAGCGAUUCCCAGUCUCUGAAGUAUUAUUAUUAGAGCCCCAGACUCUAAUACUAUCGGAUACUUUCGUCUCGGCCCCUCCCGCUGUAGCCUUUUCACAUUUCUAACCCUAAGGUGACUCCUGCAGUGGCUACAAUAGGGUUGAUGUAAAGCAGGUAGGAAUGUAAUGUGUAUAUAGCGAUUGCGUACUUGCACAUCAGAACUCUGUGUGUGUAUAUAUAUAUAGAUAUAUAUAUAGAUAUAAAAAGAAACGGGGGGGUUCUCUUAUGAAAUUAGCACUCCGAAUUGCUUCGCCUGUGCCUAGUCUACAUAGCUGCAAAGCUCUCUUACAGACCUCACGGGGCAAAGCUCCUUUUCUGUUGGCUCCGGGCUACAUCCGUGCACUUGGACUGGCUUCCGAAGAAAAACGAGAACAUUCCUUUUAAUUUUUUUUAAGAGCAAUUUAAUGUACACUUGCAUUAAAAUCGGACUCGGAAA